AUGGAGGACAACAGCGUCGUUCCGCUGCUGCGGAGAGUGUGCAAAGAAGGCGGAAUCAGACUUGCACUCGUGGGCACAAAGGACACAUCUAUCACAUACGAAGAGCUCGGGAGAGACGUACGGGCCCUGUCGAGGCAUCUACGAAGGACCGUCGGUGUCAGGCCAAAGCUCGCAGUCGGAGUUUGCAUGGAUCGACGCUUCGACCACAUUGUGACGAUUCUGGGGGUGCUGGAUGCGGGAGCUCCCUACGUGCCCCUGGAUCCGAGCUUGCCCCACAGACGUCUCGCGUACAUGAUCAACGACUCGCAGCUGGACAUAAUUCUGACGCAGCGCCAAUUCGCCCUGGACUUGGAGAGUGUUCUGCGAGACGUGAGUUUCUCGUCAAAGCUGGUGUACCUGGACGGUCUGAUCCGGCAUCUCUCGAGCUCGAACGAGAUCGAGGAGGAUGACACGGACACGGACCUGGACCCGGACCCGGAGGAUUUGGCCAACAUAAUUUACACCUCGGGAUCGUCAGGGGAGCCGAAGGGGGUCAUGGUUCUGCACAAGGGAGUGAUGGCCCUGUCGCGAGCGGCCGCCGAGGUGUGGGAGCUCAAUCAACGAGACAGCAGAAUGCUGCAAUUCUCCUCGCACUGCUUCGACGCGAGCACCGUCGAGAUUUUCGCCACGCUCUGCAGCGGGGCGACUUUGGUUCUCGGCUCCCGAGACGAGUUGCUACCCGGUCCGAACCUCGCUCGCUAUAUCGACACCCACAAGGUGACGGCGGCCCUGCUGCCUCCCUCGGUGCUCUCGACGUUGAAUGAGUUCAGCUCAGAGCUCACGUGCCUCCGCGCUGUCAUCGCCGGAGGCGAGGCUUGUACUCUGGCUUUGGCCAGCACGUGGGCUCUACCGGGACGAAGAUUCAUCAACGCCUACGGUCCCACGGAGUGCACCGUCGUCACCACGAUGCAUGUCAUCGACGACAUUUCAGACCUCUCGGGUCUGAGCACGGUUCCUCUGGGAGCUCCCUUGCCCGGCUGGACCGUGGACCUGCUGGAUUCUCAGCUCGAGCCUGUCGAGGACGGUGAAGUCGGGCAGAUCUACAUCGGCGGAGUGGGCGUGAGCGCAGGGUACUUCGGCAAGCCAAAAUUGACCAGCGAGUGUUUCAUAAUUCAUCCUCGGACGGGCCAGACUCUCUACCGGAGUGGAGAUCUAGGAGUUCGUCGGGGAUCGAGGAAGCUGCUCGAGUUUGCUGGCCGGGUCGACACGCAAAUCAAAAUCCGUGGAUUCAGAGUCGAGCUCGGAGCAGUGGAGCAGACGUUGUGCCAGCACCUGGCCGUGGAGCACGCUGCGGUGACGGCGGUGGCAGCGAACAAGGACGGCUCGAAUCAGAUUCUGGUCGCUUACGUCGUCCUGCGACGGGAAGCUGCCGAGAGCAAGCUUUUCUCCUCGAGUCUUCUCAAAUCCUUUCUGCUGGACCACUUGCCCUCGUACAUGGUGCCCCAUGUAUACGUCAUAAUGACGGCUCUGCCCCUCACCUUGAACGGGGGCAAGGUGGACAGAAAGGCUCUCCCCCAUCCCGUCUCCCUUCAGAGUUCCAGUCCCGUCUCCAAUGGCUGCUGUGGGCAUGACACGGCGGUGGAUGGCCUUGACGAUGAUCUCCAUGGCAUGCUGAGCAUGGCCUGUUUGACUUUUGCAAAUGUUCUCGGGCUGGAUGGUGGACUUGUGAAAGUUGAUAGCAACUUCUUCGACCUGGGUGGCAACUCGCUGCUGCUCAUGCCUCUGUUGAGCGAGCUGCGGCAGACCUUCGAGAUGGAGAUGCUUUCACGGGAGAUAUACAACCACCCGACUCCUCAGCAGCUGGUACGGUUGAUCCUGACGAAGAGAAAGCAGACCGACUCCGUGCUCCAGCUGGAUGCUGUCAGGGACGUGCUUAACAAAGAAUCUCAGUCUCUCGAUAGAACUCUUCGUGCACUUAAAUCUGGCAAAUUGCGCUCUAGAGCUGCCUUGGUCACUGGAGCCACGGGGUUCUUGGGUGUGUUUCUUCUCGACAAUCUUCUGGCGCAAAGUCCGUUCCAAGUGAUAUACUGUCUCGUGCGGGGGAAUUCUGUCGCCCAAGCCUGGGAGAAGCUAGGAGCUGCGCGACAGAAGUAUGGUUUGGCAACCAGGAUCUCCAAUGUACAGCUGGUUUUGCUGGUCGGAGACAUUCAAGAGCUAAUGCUGGGACGUUCAGAAGAGUCCUACGCCCAACUAUGCCAGCAUGUAGAUACCAUUUACCAUGUAGCUGCGGUCACAAACUACCUCUGGCCUUACGAAGAAAUAGGACUGCCGAAUGUCGUGGGAACGAAAAACAUAUUGCACUUUGCAGCUAACGGAAUCUCAACAAAGACUCUACACUACGUUUCCACCGUUGGUGUCUACGGCAGCCUCAGUGCGUUUUCUUUCGAUCUACUUGACGAGAAUUUCGACAUGGAGUGUUGUCCCUCCUUCUUCUCCAACACCGAAACUGGAUAUUCAAAGUCAAAGUGGGUGGCUGAAAUGAUGGUACUGGAUUUCAGGUCCAGAGGCUUUCCAGUCUCCAUCUACCGUCCAGGUUUUAUUCAAGCACACUCAGUAACUGGUGCCGCUAAUAGAGAUGACAUGAUGUGCCGGUAUAUCCAGGGCUGCAUUCAGAUGGGCAAGUAUCCACAUUUGCCCAGAAAAUUCUGGAUACCCGUUUCAGUGGAUUUUGUGGCAGACGCCAUAAGCUAUAUCUCCUUGAACACAGCUCCAGGUCAGAUAUAUAAUCUUGUACCAGACCGUGAAAGAGAGAUGGGCAACUCGGCCAUGUUUCAGACUCUGAAAGACGUUUGGCAGUACAAAUUGGAGGAGCUUGGCUUUCCUGAAUGGUUGGAAGCACUAUCUUCUGUCCCUUCUUCCAAUUCUUUAUAUCCAGUCUUAUCGUAUUUGUCGGAGACAGAUAAUGGAAACAAUCUCACUCCUUUGGAAAUGCCCACUGCAACUUUUGGUUUCACCAACACGCGUGAAGUUCUCAGAGGGUCGGAUAUUAUCGUCCCUUCAUUUGAAAGAAGUCAUUUAGAAAAAUAUGUCGGUUUUAUGCAGAACUAG